AGUUUCAAGUAGUUGAUUAAAUAUAUAUAUAGAUAUCAAAAGGAGAUUGUGCGAUGAAGAAUCAGGAACCGAAGGAUAUAUCAUGCAAGAAAAUAGCGUGGACAAUUAAAAACUUCAGUAAAUUGAAGACCAAUACACCAUACUAUUCUGAGGUUUUCACUAUAGGCGAUCGUGCUUGGAAAGUUGCUUUAUACAGAGGAAGACAAGAUGGGAAGUCUCUGGCUAUAUAUUUGCGUGUGGCUGAUGAUCUGAGUUUGCCUCAAGGAUGGUGUAUAUACGUAGAAUACGCCAUAACUGUGGUCCAUCAAGUUUCCAGGGAAAAUUCAAUUAAAAGAGGACCAGAUGAAGGUAUACCAUCCAAGUUUGAUGCAAAAGGAUUGGGUUGGGGUUAUUUAUCUUUUAUGCCUUUGAGUACACUUGAAGACCCAUCUAGUGGGUACAUUUCAAAGGAUGAAUGUACUGUUGAAGUUGAAAUCUAUUCUGUAAAAUCUGAAGGCAUUAAUAAGCCUACAAGUCACCCUGCUUAUCCUUCUUUAUUCAAGCAAGUCAAAGAAACUCCAGCAGAUCCAAAGGAUGAUGAUGAUGAUUUUGUUGAUUUCAAGGAUUUGGGACGAAUAGAGAAAUCGUUCGUUCCACUGCUAGAGGAAGUUUGUUCGUCGCAUCCUUUAUUAUUGGACUGUAAGAAGAACAAAAGCCGUAGGUUUACAGAGUGGGCAUUUACUGCAUUGGGUCGAGUUCUACAAUUUCUCAAGAACAAGAAGUGGAAAGAUAUGAACGACGAGGCAUGUGAGCAGCUUCAGUAUUUGUGGGAUGAAAUUGAGAUGAGUAGACUAGCUAGAGUUGAGUUGGCUCGAGCCUAUAGUGAAAUCUGCUUUAAAUAUGAGAGGAUAUGAGGAGAAGGCAAAGAAAGUGAAAAGGUUGAAGCAAGAGUUGUCUGUCUUAGAGAUAGAAAUGAACAAGACACAAGACAAGUUAGUGGACACAGAACAAAAUGUUGAGAGGAUAAGGAAGGAAUUGAUGAGUGUCGGAGAGAGCUUUGAAGAGAAGGAUUUGGAUGCAGACAUUGGAUAUGGAAAACCUCCUAGUCCUAUGUACAAUGAAUAAUUUGGGGGGAAAGAAAAAAAGGAUAUUGAUUCACAAGACUAUUAUAUGUGUUUUUAUUUAUGUGAAAUUCAUUAGGUACACCCUUUUUAUAUCUGUGUGGGUCUCCCUGUAACUUAA